GUUACCUGCAACUUGGUCAAACCAACAGAACGAGGCACACUUUGCAUUUAGAACACCAAACAAGAAAUACGUUCGUGCUCACCAUCCAAAACAAAUCAACUUGCAAACAUGAGUACAUUCCGUGGUGCCAUCAAGAGACUGAACUGUGAUGCGAAGAUAUCUGCUAUUUUCUUCGACCUUGAUAACACUCUGAUCGCAACCAGGAAAGCCGAUGCAAAGGCAUGCAGCAAGGUGGCCGAUUUGCUACACCGCGAACAUGGCCUUAGUCGCGAGCUGGCGAAUGAAACCAGUACCGAUUAUCUGACCGCGUUUCGCCGCUGCCCCGACAACCCGGACAUGGCGCUGGCCCAGUGGCGUUCCCAGCUCUGGCAGGACGUGCUGCCGGUUACACACAAACACUUGGCCUCGGAACUGUACGGACGGUGGCUGGAGUGGCGUUACCGCUAUCUGGCACUGCCCGCAGAACUGCAGACCAUGCUUCAAACGCUGCGGCUCCAGUACCUGCUCGGCAUCAUCACCAACGGUCCGACGGCGGCACAGUGGGAAAAGAUCGACCGGUUGGCGCUGAACAAGUACUUCGAUUGCAUAUUGGUAUCCUCUGAUUUACCGUGGGCCAAGCCCGAUCGCAAUAUCUUUUACGCAGCUUGCCACUAUCUAGGUGUCCCGCCCGGCCAGUGCGUGAUGAUCGGUGAUAAGCUCGAGACCGACAUUCAGGGUGGCAUCGAGGCAAAUCUAGGGGCAACGGUUUGGCUUCCGCUGCCUACGGAACAGCGCAUCGUCGGGGACAGGACGAUGCAGGAUGUGCCGGACCAUGUGCGGCCGGACGCGAUCGUGGACAAUGUGCUGAAGCUACCGGCCCUGCUACCACCGUCGACGUCGUUCCGCGGACGAACCCCGGCACAAAUGGACACUGGCGACCGCGAGCAGAAGACAACGCGCAACCGAGCAGCACAGUACAAUCGUAUUCUACCGGAGAUACCCGAUCUUUACAGCACAUACAGUAGCUCCAGCAACGAUUGCAGUCAGCACAGUAAUGGCAGCAGCAGCAGUAGCAGCUGA